GACUGCCCAGACUGAGAGACAAGCAACAACAGCUUCUAGUAGACUGAAGGCGCCUGUGUUCCUGUCUUGUUGCAAAUUUGCUUGGACACUGUUGUACAAGUCUCUAGUGUUUUAUUGUUUGGCCGUGGUUUAUUGAGAACAGUAAGGAUCAAAAACCAGAUGAUGAAGGCGGUGGCGGUCCUGGGUGCACUGCUGGCUGUGGUGUGUCAGGUCAGCAGCAGUGGUCAGGUAACACAGAGCGAUCUGAACCCAGCUGUGCUGCACCCAUGGAGACACAGGAGCUCAGGGCCACAGGUCAGGGUCAAGAGAGACUGGAUCAUUCCACCAAUCCGAGUAUCAGAAAACAGCAAGCAGCUCCCUGAAGAUCUGGUCCAGAUCAAAUCAGACAAGAUCUUCACCGGGGAGGUGAUAUACAUGCUGGAGGGACCCGGGGUUGACCAGGACCCCAAAGGGCUCUUUGAAAUUGAUAAAAAAACAGGAUGGAUCAAGAGCAAAAUGCCACUGGACAGGGAAAAACACAAGAGUUUUAAGCUCAAAGCUUUUGCACUGUCCCCAAGUGGAGAGAGACUGGAAAGUCCCACCACCAUUGAAAUCUACGUUUUAGAUCAGAAUGACCACAGGCCUGAAUUUACCCAGAAGGAGUUCAUCGGCACUAUCCCUGAAUUCUCUGUUCCAGGAACUUCAGUGAUGCAGGUUACAGCGAUAGAUUCUGAUGAUCCAAUGACAGAAAACGCUGCUCUGAGCUACUUCAUUGUUGGACAAGAGAGCAUCCCUCCUAACAGCAUUAACAAGACCAUGUUUGGCAUUAAUAACAAAACUGGAGUCAUCUACACUCGAGAUGUGGGACUAGACAGAGAUGUGGUGCAGUCCUUCAGGCUGACUCUGCAGGUGGCUGACAUGUCUGGAAUGGGCCUAACCUCCACCGGUCGUGCCAUCAUUCACAUCUCUGAUAUUAACAACCAUGCUCCGAAAUUCCACCCUACCGCGUACAACAUGAAUGCAAUGGAGAACAAGUACAUUGCGGAGUUGGGCAGGGUCAAUGCGACAGAUAAGGACCAGAAAGGUGGCGAUAACUGGAGGAUUAAGUACACCAUCGUAAAUCCUUCAGGGCACUUUGCCAUCCGCACAGACCCAGUUUCCAACCAAGGAAUAAUUUCUGUGGUUAAGCCACUAGACUAUGAAUCCCAGGCAGAGUACCAGCUCAUUGUCAAAGCAGAGAAUGAAGUCAGGCUUAAAGCACCAUACGAACAAGUACACAGUGCUACAGUCACUGUCAGAGUGAUGAAUGAAAACGAGGCCCCAGUCUUCCAUAAAAACCCCAUUAAAGUGACUGUUGCAGAGUCCAUUGUUCCCGGGACUGUCCUGGUCUCAGAUAUUGCUCAUGAUCCAGACAAUGCCAAGCUAAGGUUUGAAAUCAUUCAGGAUCCUGAGAACUGGCUUGCUAUUAACCACGGAACUGGACAAAUCACAGCCAGGAGAUCCUUCAAUAUCCGGUCUCCCCACGUCAGGAACAAUAUUUACUCUGCAAUUGUGAAAGUCAUAGAUCAGGAUGCUGGUGGAAUCUCUGCAACAGCUACAGUGGAGGUCAGUCUGUGGGAGACCAAUGAUUACCCACCGGUGCUGAUACCCUUGAGUGGGACUGUGUGCAGUGACAGGGACAGAGAUAAACUGGGCCUUCUGCUUAGCGCUGUGGAUGAGGACAUGUCCCCUCAAGCUGACCCUUUCACUUUUUACAUUGCUGAUCAAAAUGUGGCUGUCAACUGGACCAUCAUAACUCUUAACGAGACUCAUGGGGUUCUCCAGCCACUGAUAGACAUAGAGAAAGGGGAAUUCUCUAUUCCUGUGGUCGUAUCAGACUCUGGCUCUCCUUCACUUUCCUCUAACGCUCUGGUCAACGUGACUGUUUGUCCCUGUGACAGUUUCGGUGACUGCAAGAGCUACUCCGCAGCCAUCUUUGGAACCAAAAUGGGAAUAAGCUUCAUUGCCCUUAUGAUAAUUAUGGGAUGCAUUGUUCUUCUGUUGUUGCUGCUUGUUCUUGCUGUGGCGGUGAAGGGCUGCAGAAGGCAGAACAUUAGAAAAGGAAGAGGUCUGCUGGUCGGAGCAUCUGACGAUGACAUCCGAGACAAUGUCUUUCACUAUGAUGAGCAGGGAGGAGGAGAAGAGGAUGAAGAUGCAUUCAAUAUUGAUUUUCUGAGGAACCCAAGUGACAUGGUCCCUGCCCCAACCUCAUUUUUCCCAAAAGACUGCAGUCUGCCCAGAGGAAAACAACCUCUAAGGAAAGAUGCACCCUAUAACCUGCCUUCUCCUAGAUAUCCACGCAAACCCCCCGGAGACCCCACUGACAUCGAAGAUUUCAUCAAUGUUGGCCUGGAUGCUGCUGACAAUGACCCGAACGUCCCGCCAUACGAUACAGCUCUGAUCUAUGAUUACGAGGGCGAUGGGUCGGUAGCAGGCAGUCUUAGCUCUAUCGCUUCCAUGGGCUCAGACGGUGACCAGGACUAUGACUACCUCAAUGACUGGGGACCACGCUUUAAAAAACUGGCUAACAUGUACGACCCACGUUAGCUACCAGACUGAUUCUCAUACAUGCAUGCCCGUCAAAACUCUCUGCAAACCAAAUGUCCUAUCUUCAAUAUGAGAGUGCUCAUGAUGUAAGGAUGAAAGGGGCAGUUUAUGUUUUUGAUAAUGUAGAUAAAUGGAGGUCUCGGUCUAUUCCCUUGUGAUAUGUUUAAUGGUCAUCAGUGUCAGAGAGACUGCACACACACGGUCUUUUUCCUUUCUCUCAUGGAUCACUGAACUAUUUCAACAUGCUGAUGUGACAGGUGCUUAUUGAGAAAGCACCAACUGGAGGGAAGAAGCAUGUGUUUGUGCAUACUGAUUAGACAUGGUACAAGAGAUGCUUUGUUCAUAAAACAUAUCAUGUUCUUUAGGGAUUAUUUUAGCUGAUGACCAAUGCUGAGUUUCACUGAGCAUGUGGGGUGAACAGGUAGAAUAAUUCACCCUAAACAGAAAAUAGUACUCAUGAAUACUCAUUUACUUAUAUAACGUCACUGUGAGCCCAUAUGACUUUCUUUAAUCUAUCGAACACAGAAGGAUGUUUUAUAUGUCGGUGAACUUCAAAGCUGCUCUUGUUUUAUUUUUUAUAAUAAUAAUAAAAAAAGAAGAUAUUGUCAUAUAUAUGUCAUAAAUCAAGUUGCACAGUGUCAGGACACUGGUUAUAGCAUAUAACUGAUGAAAGUGUAAGCACCAAUGAGAUUAAACUUAGAUUUUUUUUAAAAGCACGUUCAAGUCAAUACAGGUGACUGGAAUGCUAAUGUAUGGUAAUCAAUGGAUAAAAAGAUAGUGAAAAGUAAUUUGUGGCAUGUAAAUAUCCCUCAUGUCUUCCAAAGCUGCCACAUUCUUAUCUGUUCCUCAAAAAACAAAAACAAAAAAAAAUCAUCACAGAGUAUUUGGAACAAGUCAUAUUUUAUGAGUACUUUUGGUUCAUUUAUUUGUCCUUUUUGACAUGAGCUUGGUGACACAUGAUUACUAUGUCCUUUAGUUGAUUGGAAAACAGCAGCACAGAAAUUCUUCAACAUAUAUCCUUGUGUUUCAGUGGAGGAAAGUCAUAUUCCUAAAAAAAAAAAAAAAAGCAUUGUUUAAUAUCUAUUUUUAAGACAGAUUGACCGAUAACCGAUUUUUUUAACUUGAGGUCUUUUGAUCAAUUGUUCUUAUUGCUUUAAUUUUAUACAUCUUGUGUACUAUAUGUGCUUGUAAUACUUUUCUUUGUUUGCCUGCAGUUAACAUCAGUACAUACAUCCAAGACAUUUAAAGAGCCUUAAGAUUUUGAAUAAUUAUAAUUUUCAUAUGCAGCCUAUUAACACAGUUUGCCAAAAUGAUGAUGCUUCAAAUGUAUAUAUUUUUAGCUUUCCAUCAGGAACACAAGUUUUUCCUAAUUACAUAAUGCCUGUAUUAAUUAUUUUGUUAGUUUCAGUUUUUCUCAAUUUUGACCUACAUAGUUUUGUUUUUAUUAUUUAUUUCAUAAGAAAACAAUGUAAAAUUCUGUUAUUAUCUUUCUUUUAGUUAUAAAUAAAAUAUUGGAAUAA